AUGAUUGGGCCCGAGGAAGCCGAACGAUCCCCGCUUCCGUUGCUUGGGGCGCCACUUCGACCAACUGCGCCAGAGGACGCGUGGGCUGGUGGCGCUACAGUCCCUGGCGUUUCGUGGAGAUCCAGUCGGAUGCAAAAAACUGCCUCUGUCGCUCUGCUGAUCGCUGCUACUGGCCGAGCCAUGUGGGCAUUCAAUGGGCGUUCACUCGGCCAAGAAGCGUUCGUGGGGAGGCCAACGCGCCACGCCGGUUCACUACGCAAUGCUGGAGCAUAUCCGAUCCACCCCGACCUUGGCAGAUAA